ACAGAAGAGUAACGGGACGCGUCUGGGUGUCGGACAGAAACCUAGCAGUGUUUGCUAACGUGUUAUAAGAUUCGUUCACGAUAUAACCGUUAAGAUGCAGUUCAUGCUGCUGUUUAGUCGCCAGGGCAAGUUGCGCUUGCAGAAAUGGUACGUGCCGCUGUCCGACUCGCAAAAGAAGAAGAUCUCACGCGAGGUCAUCCAGAUGGUGUUGGCCCGCAAACCUAAAAUGUGUAGCUUUCUGGAGUGGAGAGAUUUAAAAAUUGUCUACAAAAGAUACGCCAGUCUGUAUUUCUGCUGUGCUGUGCAAGACCAAGAGAACGAACUGAUAACCCUCGAGAUCAUCCAUAGAUAUGUCGAGCUCCUGGACAAGUAUUUUGGCAGUGUAUGUGAGCUGGACAUCAUCUUCAACUUUGAGAAGGCAUACUACAUCCUGGAUGAGUUUAUACUGGGCGGGGAAGCUCAGGAGACAUCUAAAAAGAUUGUACUGAAGGCCAUUGAACAGGCAGAUAUGUUGCAAGAGGAAGCAGACACACCCCGCAGCGUACUAGAGGAGAUUGGACUCACAUAAUACUCCAGAAGUCUGCAAAAUAAGAAGUACCACUUUCUCAUUUCCUGCCUUUUCAGUGUCCGUAUGUCAGUCUUGUAUCGAAGUCACACAAAAACCACAGUAUCUGGAUUUAGUGAAAUAUGCAACUUUUAAUUUUUCCAGUAUUAUUUGAUUAAUCCUUUUUCACUCGUCUUCAAUUGUGAGUCAGUAGAUAUAUCUUAUAAAUCUGCUUGUUAUAUUAUGAUGGCGAUUUUCAUUACCUCACUUUAUCCUUCACUGCCUUAAGACACGCUGUCACAGUUUGGUCUAUAAAAUUUCAGCUUAAAUUUUACAUGGUAUGAACUAGGUGUGUCUUUGUAGGUCAUUAGUAUCAAAUCUUUUCUUUUUGAUCAAACAAUAUUAAGUGGAAAAGAGAGAUUAUAAUUAUGAUGGUGCGCACACGGUCAUAAAUAUCUACACAUUAGUGGACUGUAUUCUGUGAAAUCAGUUACUCAUGACGGUAUUAGGAAAAACUUCUACUGAUAACACUGUAAAUGUUACCACCUGCAAGUACAUGCUGUGUAUUGUCAAGAGGUUUAAAAAAAGAUUCCUCACCUAAAUGGGUAUCUUAGCACCCUUGCACAAAUAUUUGCUCAACUUUUAAUAGAUGGUGCCUAUUUUUGCUUCUUUUCCACCGUUAAACAUGGCACAGUUAUUGAGAUAUAAACUGUUUAAAUAAUACAUGAGAAGAUAUUAGGGAUAUUCCUCCUGGACCGUGUUGUCUCAUAUUGCCUAGCUAACCGAUACUUCUUCCUAAAAUGCCUUCCUGGUUUCAGUUUAUUUUCAGUACCAAAGAAUUUCUUCUGUCCUGUUUGUAUCAAUAAUUUCUAGAUGACACUGUGGUUCACUGCCUAGCCUAUCUCUUCGGAAAAAAACAAUAAAUAAAUAAAUAAAUGAAGGUCCUUCAAAAAAUGCAAUGUUGUGUCAACAAU